AUGGCACACCAUACUGACGACAUGCCCAACAUGGAACCAGCAGCGCCAUGUCCUGGCCCAGGCGGUGGAGUGCCGCGUGGAGGACCUCUCGCUCCCACGUAUGCAACAGCCAUCUUUUAUAGCAGAAAAGCAAUGAUAUUAGAUACAGAAGCAGCUGUUAUAGCGAAUUUUGAAUUUUUGGGACAUACAGACAUGGACAUGGAAGAGGAAGAAGGAGAUGGAGAGGAUGAAAUUUAUGAUGCAAAUACAGAUACCAAACCAAAUAAAGCAUCUCUUCGUUUCUGCUCUUCUUUUCAUAUCUUCUUCAUUAUAUUUUCCUUUGUUCUUCUCAAAAAUAUAUUUUGCUAUGUACGCAUGUGA